CCCGCCCGCUGACUUACGGCGAGUCUCCGCGGCGGAGCCCCCCGCCGGCCGCGCCUGCCCCGCCGCCACCGGGGCCGCGGCGACCCGCGGAUGGCAGCGCCGCGCCAGUCCCCGCAACGCCGCCGCCAACAUCGCCGCAGCACGGCCGGGCAAGGGCACGGCCCGGAAGAGGAAGGCGCCGCCGCCACCGCCUCCUCCCUGCUCUCCCCGCCCCGGUGCGGCCGCUCCCCGGGCGCUUCCGGGUCGGUCGGCGGCCGGGAAGCGGCGAGUGCCCGGCGGCGCCUGGCGCAGGAUUGCUGGAGGUCUGAUCUGUGCAGCACCAUGGACUCGUCAGAAGAGACUGGAGGCUCCUCUGCAGAAGAGAACUACUUUGUGAACUACACCUUCACUGACCGCUCCCACUCGGGCCGCGUGGCCCAGGGAAUUAUGAAGCUCUGCUUGGAGGAUGAGCUCUUUGCUGAUGUUACGAUAUCAGUGGAAGGCAAAGAAUUCCAGCUGCACCGUUUGGUCCUCUCAGCUCAGAGUUGCUUUUUUCGUUCCAUGUUCACUUCCAACCUAAAGGAAGCCCACAACCGGGUGAUUGAGCUGCAGGAUGUCAGCGAGAGUGUCUUUCAGCUCCUUGUGGACUAUAUUUACCAUGGGACUGUAAAGCUGAGGGCAGAAGAGUUGCAGGAAACCUAUGAAGUGGCAGACAUGUAUCAGCUGACUGCCCUUUUUGAGGAAUGCUCCCGUUUUCUGGCUCGUACGGUGCAGGUCAGGAACUGUCUGCAGGUCAUGUGGCUGGCAGAUCAACACAGUGACAUGGAGCUCUACACAGCUGCCAAACACUGUGCAAAGUCACAUUUAUCUCAGUUGCAAGACACAGAAGAGUUCCUACACCUACCUCUCCGCCUACUGACAGAUAUCCUUACAGAUGGCGUUCCGUGUUCUCAGAAUCCGACGGCUGCCAUAGAAACCUGGAUCAACUUCAACAAGGAGGAGCGAGCAGGCUUUUCAGAGACACUGCGAUCAAGUCUGAAGGUGAUUGGGGAAAAUGUUCACAUCUACCUGAUUGGAAAGGAGUCAUCACGUACACAUUCACUCGCUGUCUCUCUGCAUUGUGCUGAUGAUGACUCCAUCAGUGUGAGUGGCCAGAACAGCCUGUGUCACCAGAUCACCGCAGCCUGCAAGCAUGGUAGUGACCUGUAUGUUGUUGGUGGCUCUAUUCCACGACGCAUGUGGAAAUGCAACAACGCGACCAUAGACUGGGAGUGGUGCGCGCCUCUGCCCCGUGACAGGCUCCAACACACACUCGUCUCUGUACCAAGCAAGGAUGCAAUAUAUUCCCUUGGGGGGAAGACUCUGCAGGACACUCUCUCUAACGCUGUCAUAUAUUACAGAGUACGAGACAAUGUCUGGACAGAGACCAGCCAGUUGGAAGUGGCUGUCUCAGGGGCUGCAGGUGUAAACCUUAAUGGUGUCAUUUACCUGCUGGGCGGGGAGGAAAAUGACCUGGACUUCUUCACCAAGCCCUCUCGGCUUAUUCAGUGCUACGAUACCAACACAGAGAAAUGCCACGUGAAGCCAUACGUACUGCCUUUUGCAGGGCGCAUGCACGCUGCCGUACACAAGGAUGUGGUGUUCAUUGUGGCUGAGGGGGAUUCACUGCUGUGCUAUAAUCCCCUGCUGGAUAGCUUCACCCGGCUGUGCCUGCCAGACGCCUGGAGCUCAGUACCAUCCCUCUGGAAGAUUGCCAGCUGCAAUGGCAGCAUCUAUGUUUUUCGAGACCGCUAUAAAAAGGGCGAUGCAAAUACUUUUAAACUCAAUCCAGCCACCUCUGUUGUAACAGUCACAAGUGGCAUCAAAGUGCUGCUCACUAAUCUGCAGUUUGUCCUGGCCUAAAGGGGGAAAAACAGGCCCAGUGGUAGAAAAGGCAGCAACGGUGUUGUGCUGUGCAGCUCAGAGGCACUCAACCACCCUCAGCACCAGUCCCAAUAAUUAUGAGUUCACAACAUCCAGUAAAGAGCCCAUCCUCUACACCUGUGCAGAAGAAGUACAGGCUUUCUAGCUGUGGGCCUGUCCUUUUCCGGGACUUCACUAUUGAAGUUGAACUGAUGCAUCUUAGAUUUCAGAUGGACUAAAUGCUAUUACUGUGAUCCCUUGAUGAUAAGCUGCUUGUGUUUGAGGCCCAAACUGCAGCAAGUGGCUUUUUUAGCCUGGAACCCAUCCACCAAUAACAAAUCCUAUAGCAUAUGGACGACAUCCUCCUUGGCACAGACUGCUAGUUUUAACUGCCCGGGAGAUUGUGGGUUGCUGCCAUUGUCAGUCACAAAGAGAUGUGCACUGUCUGUCCUCCAGGGAUGUCCCCAUUUAAACGUUCCUGUGUCCCUAUUCCAGAAGGAGAUGCUGGCAGAAAUACUUGCAGCAGACAGAUUCCAGAGCUGACCCCAAGACCCUGAGUAGGUUGCAUUAUUCAGCACUUCUAGAGGAGUGGUAACAAACUGGGAAUCUGCUUACUGCUCUAUCAUCACCUAGCAUAAAGAGGGAGACCAUUUUUAUGAGCAUUGGCUUCCUUUACUGUACAGGGAAUCCCUGCCUGUAAUCAUAGCAUAGUGUUGGUGACAGAUGGAACUAAGACCACUUCCUGCUACCCCUCUGUUGGCACUGUAACCCUUUGGGUAAGGAUCUGAAUAAAGUCUCUGCUGAGACAGA